UUGACGAAAUAUUUCUUUGGCAGGCGCAGCAUCACGAGGAGUCGUAGAGGAGGAACGGAUGAUUACAGUGAGCACGCUUGCAUCCCAAUUAAAGAAAUGGAUACGAUAAUUACGAAGCUGCACCAGCGAGAAGGAAUACAAGCGAAUUCGGCGCGUUAAAUGCUCCCCCGGGGAUUCACGUUCCGGCCGGGGCUCUCGCGGAUCUGGGAUGGCUUCUGGGAGCAAAAGCGGCAACAGCAGCGAUAUCGGAUCAAACUCAGUUAACAAGCCCGUGUCAUCGCCGUAUCGGUCGCGCAAGUAGAUAGAUUUUAAAUCGAGUCAACGACUACGGGACAACGGUAACGAAGUUAGUACGGCAAAAUAAUCCAGAGGCGAUUGGAUCGCGUGUUUCGUAUAUAAUGGGAGCACGCGAGACGAGACGAUAGUGGACCCCCAAGGGAGAUGGAUGCUGCGAGGUAGAAAUUGAAUCCUGUCUUUACACGUCGCCUAAUCGCUUGACACAUCGCAGAUGUCAAGGGAGAUUCUAUCUGAUGCGGACGCGACAGAAUGUAGAUACAAGUAUAGCUGUAGAGGAGACGCUAUUAACCCCAUCCUACCCCCGUUCGAAGCCUUUGCCGUGUGUCGACGGUAUCCACGAGAGAACAAGUCGACCGCGAAAGCACUAAGCUAUAAAAUAUAACGCCGACGAAGGGAAACGUGCCGGAUGUCGCGGGGAAAGGGAGUGACACGGUGAAAGAGGAAACCGAGAGACAGUCGAUUUCAGGAAUGUGACACGUGACAGGAUUGCGAGAGGAGAUCAGUACCUUCAAACAGAAACUGUGAAACGAGAGAAAAAGAGGAACACACGGGAUAAUAAAUAGAUCGAUAAAAAUCCCAACAAGUGUCCUUACGGCUCCGAAUUUCCUGCUCGACGUAGUCAUCGCAAAGCGGCGUUGAGCCUGUUAUGGAAUGAACCGAUGCCCGGAAGGGGCAUCUGAGUGUCCGCGAUCAUCAUCCUCGAUACGACUCGGUCGAGCAUCAUGACCCCGAUGAUGCGGCUGCUCCUCCUAUCCGCUCUGCUGGCCGUGCAAUCCUGCUCGACCGUCUGUUCGGCGAGCGGCGACGGUGGGCCUAACAGUCCGAUCUUCAAUCUGGAUCACACUGCUCUGGAGAAGAACUUAGCGGCGAUCUUCAACAAGGUAGCGCACAGUUCCGCGACCACGAAGCGCAGCGUGCCGGCGUACGAUGCCCAAGUGUCGGCUAGCACGACGUUGUCGACGGUGCCGUCGCCGUUAACCACCAGCACGACUACUAGCACGACCACCCCUAGUUCGUCGAUACCUGCUGUGAAAUAUCCAGCGCCGCGGGCCACGGCAUCGCCCGUCUUUCGGGAUCUGCCGUCGUAUGCGCCACCCUCCAGGGCACUCUUCACGCCACCCCUGCCGCCGGAGUAUCUGCAUCCGUUCGCCGACAAGCCCACGUUGCGAGGUACCAAUUCGGAUGUACACACCGGUAACAGGAGGCCGGUACCGCCACCGAGCUUGACGCCGGCGCACGAGCGGAUACCUAUCCGACCGCCGGAUCUACCUCAGAGUCCCUCUCAGGUGCCGGAGAGGCAUCAUUCUCACUCGUGGAACAAACCGGCGAGCCCCGAUAAGGAGCAGAGACCCGCGGAAACCGGCGAGGCCGAUCGGAAGAACGGUACGAACGAUCCUUCGUUCGUGACCCUUCAUUACCCCAGUAUUUCUAGGAUCUUGUCUGGUAGCAAUGGCAGGAAGCAGGACAUCCCUGACAUACUGCUGAAGCCAUUAGUCACGAAGAGCCCACUGCCGAAUGUACCCCCUGCUCCGACGACCGAUAGAACUACGUCGGCGCCGAGCACCGUCAUGCCAAAAACGUCCGGUAGUACCACGGACCCAUCGAAGGUCGCCGUCACCCAGCCGACGAUUUUCAAUCUACCAAAUACUGGCCGGCAAGACGACGAUGGUUAUCAUCACGGCCUGAGAAACGAACAUGGUCUGAAGACUGACAGUAUCGAGAUAGUGGACACCGAGAGACUGCCAUACCCGCAAGCGCAACCGCCGGCGCCAACGCCGAAGCGACCGGCGAAUGCCGACGACGACGACGAACGUCUGAUACCCCAUGUCGACACGCAUCCGCUCGAGUCCACGUGGCGAAUUGCCUGGUCGCUGCACGUGUACUUCGCGGCGAUUAUGUUCACGAUCAUGGCCCUGUAUUCGAUUUACAAGAUCGUGCGCUUCAACGAGGCAACGAAUUUACUUACGCAAUCGUAUUUCCUGGCCGUUCAUUUAUUGCUGACCACAGUUUGUACUUUGAGGUGCUUCCACCUCUUCUAUGACGCUUAUAAUCUCGGACAUUCGCUACCAGAAUCAUUGUCCAGGGUGCUGAUGUAUCUGCCGGCGCCGCUCCUAUCCACGGCAUUUGCCACUCUGAUGUUAUAUCUCGCCCGCUGCUCGGAAGCUCCCUCGCUUAACAACAGCAUUCUUUCGCCCACCACUCUUGUUCUAUCAUCUACGGUGCACAUCGUAUUGUGCGUUUCCCUGCACGUGUCCGCGCACAUGCUCGGCUAUCAGGACGAGGCGAGGAUUCUGCCACUCAUCUGUCAAUGCAUUUACAUCGUCGUCUGCGUCACCCUAGGUCUAUGUUACAUGUAUGUAUAUCGCGUGGUGCGUUCGCAGAUUCACAUGGCCAGUAAUAAAGCGGCCGGUGCGAAUCACAUGAUGGGCGCUGAUCCUACCACGGUGGCUCUGAGCACUGCCAUCACCACCACUAUCGCCACCGCUCUGCUAUUUAUCCUCAUGGGCUUGGUGCAACUCUAUGGUAUAUUCGGCGUUCAGGAGCGUCCACAACAGUACCCAUGGCUCUGGUGGGGCUGGCAAUUCUCUGUCAGACUGCUAGAACUGUCCGUUUGCGGUCUUCUAGCUUGGGUUGCUAGCCUAUCUCAGUAUCCAUUACGGGAGAAGCAGAUGCAGCAACACUCAGCGCACUCGGGUUUUGCUCUGUUCCCCUGCGGCAGUUCCACAUCCACGGAAAAUAUGGACGACGUACUCUACCCUGCCAUAUGUAGCACGAACCAAGCGAUUCAAAAUUAUACUAUGAGAACGGGAAAGCAGGUUUAUGACGAUAGUUUUCCGUUGAACACUUUGCCCGAACAUUUGAACAUAUCAGGUACCUUCGAGAGACAUUCCAUCCGUAAGUCAGGUACAAUGGGCCACUUUCCUCACGAAGGUCGGGGUUCCUUAAGUCGCCAUGGUAACGGCAUACAGACCCUAAGGAACUCGGAGACUCGUGGGAGGCAUACGCCUGUUCAAGGCCUACAUGAACAAGCUCCGACUAGCGGCUCGACGAUGCUAGUCGCCGAAGACGGCUUCGUUAGGUUCCGGAGUCUUGGUGCGGAGGAGGACGAACUGUCCGACACGCAGAGCAUGGUCGGCACUCAUGGCAGGGGAAGCUCGCUCGCCGGUAGCGUCAGAUAUAAUGCGAGGCAUCCGACGGUACAGCAUCAGCAUCCUCAUCAACACCAACAUUCGCUACAACACUCACAUCCAAGUCAGCAUCAAACUCAUCACCAGCUUUACAACAACACAUAAAGGCUGUGCCAACGCGAUAACUAGAACGUGAUUCUCGUUGAUUCGACGUAAUGAUUGAUGUCGAUGAAACAUAGGAUAUAUAUCGACACUCGCGGGAAUCGUCGUCCUCGCAAACUUCGGUCUAAAUUAAUUUUAUCUCGUACUCUAUGUAAGAUAUGUCCUGUGUAUAGACAACCUAAUUGCCAUUCCUGUUCUCCCGCUUCGCAUCGACGUCCGAGCCAAGCCUCUGCCGUACGAUAUCUAUACAUAUUUAUUUUGAUCCUCGAUAAGCAAGUAAAAGUAUACGGCGAACUCAUUUGGGGUUCCUCUACCUAUAUGUGGGUAGUUCAGGGUAUCGAAACUUGAUCUUACAUUAGACACUUGGUACUUAUUAAGAUUCAUGUGAUUGAAAAAAAGUAAGGAAAUAAUGUGUCUCACUGAAAUAUAUAGGAAAACGCUUUUCUCUCGGUUUUAUGUUCACUGUUAGUACCGAACACGGCUGUGGAACAUAUUGGAAGAACAAAUGAUUUUAAAUUGAUUUUAACGCCACAUAAGGAAUUCCAACGUGCUUUAACAAACACGUGGCUAUUUAUUUGCUAUCUUAUAGAAGAUUUCGACGUUGUAUUGUCCCAACAGUUUUAUAAUCGUAUAGAUUUAUUUUAUAAUCAGUGCUGUCCAGAAUUUAUAGUUUUGGGCUUGAAAUUAAUGUCGAUCUUCCUGCCUAUUGGUUUCCUAUCCUUCACUUUGUAACUAUCUUUUUAUAACGUGCAAUGAUGGAUCUCAAGAACUAAUCUUUGACGUAUGUCAAUCCUGUUUAAAAGUAUAUUAUUAUUAUUAUUAUUAUAAGAUAUUUAUUAUAGAUUAUAAUAUAUUUUAUAAUAAUUAUUAAAAAUACAGGAAUAUAUAAAAUAAUACGUAAAAAAAUAAAAUAAUAAAUAAAAUUUUAUAUAUAUGUUCUAAGUAUACAAUAUCAUAUAUAUCAAUAUAUGUAUAUAGUAUAUCACAUAUAUACACUUCAGAAAUUUCUAAUAAUCUUAAAUUAAUUUCUCUGAAAUUGAUCAUUGCACAUUGUAAACAAACAGCUACGAAGGGAAAAAUAGAAAAGGCAAUAAUACGAAUAGACGAUAUAUAUUAAUUCUAAGCCUAAAAUUAUGUACAAAUCCUGAAUAACACUGUUUUACAUAGUUGUACGUUAAAGUAUUUAACCACCUGUUCAAUUGGUACUUAUUCUUUUUUGAAUCUACUGUUACGAUACGGAAAUUCGACAUAAAAUCAGCUUCAUGACCAGCAGGAAGUAUAUUUUUUACAAAAAUUACACGCGAGGUCCAAACACAGACAACUGGGGAAAACAAUUACGAUUCUCAUUCAGGUAUUCCGAGAUUAGGAUAUGAUUGUGUCAAGCUGAAAGCGAUGUUUGUACAGUCGACGAUAAUUUAUCAGUCCAAUUGUACGAUUUAGUUAGCGGCUAAGACUAGAUUAAGAAUUGCGGGUCACAUUAAGUUUAGCCGUUAAGUUAGGCAAGUCGCGACUAACGUCAACAGGUUUACAUUUAAUAAAUCGAAGGAGAAUAAGAAAGACGUAAAAAAAAUACUAUUACCGAUUUAGAAUAGAUGACAUAAGUGCGAUUUAACGUCUCACACACACACACACACACACACACAUACACACACAGGCCAGCAUUUUAUUUUAUUUCUCAGAUUCUAAGGUACAAAAUAGUACUUUUUACCUUUCACUUCGUAUAUCAAUAAGUCGCAAUGUAUAUGUUUAUAUAUGGACAUUUGUAAAUAAGGUAUACGGGCUCGUCGUGAGUGAAUCUACUGUUACAAUGGAAUCCGACUGGAUUCUAUUCGACACAUUGGAAUUUAUACAUUUCUCGGUUGUAUAAAAAGAUAUGCAAGAUUUGUAUUUUAAUUUAUCUGAAAAACUGUAUUUAUUAUGUAAAACACAUUCCACAACAAGUGAUCAAUGUGAGUGCGCGAUCGAUUUGUGUGGGAUUUUAUUGCAAUUAUAAAUUUACCUAGACGCUAAACGAAACGAAACAAAUGUAAAUAAAAGCUUUUUUGCGAAGA